GUGCUGCAUUUUAAUCGAGUUGUGCGUCUGUUACGAGCUUUAAAUACGCAAGAAUUGAUUUAAAAAGAAAGAAACAACAAAAUAAUAAUAAUAAUAAGAACAAUAAGAACAAAGCGCAGCAACAAUGUUGCCAUGCACAUGCGGGAGACUCGUCGCGCGCCGUGUGAUGAUGAUGACUUGUUCUCCUUUCUGUCCUCCUCCUCUCGGGUGUCCCGUCAGGACUUUCUCUACAGGUCAGAGCCGACUCGCGUGGGGGAAGAUGGCCGAGAACCACUCACUCAGCUCGCGCAGGAAGGUGCUCACCCUCGACACGAUGAACGCCAACGUGAAGAAGGUGGAGUACGCGGUGCGGGGACCCAUCGUGCAGCGCGCCGUGGAGCUGGAGAAGCAGCUCAGAGAGGGAGUGAAGAAGCCCUUUGACGAGGUCAUCAAGGCUAACAUCGGAGAUGCCCAUGCCAUGGGACAGCAGCCCAUCACCUUCUUCAGACAGGUGUUGGCACUCUGCACGUAUCCAGAUCUGCUAGAUGAUAACAAGUUUCCUGAUGAUGCUAAAGAUCGUGCGCGACGCCUUCUGAAGGCUUUUGGAGGAAGCAGCAUCGGCUCCUACUCUGCGAGUCAGGGUAUCGACUGCAUUAGGCAUGACGUUGCCCGCUACAUCGAGCGUCGUGACGGCGGCAUCUCUUGUGACCCGGACAACAUCUAUCUGACCACAGGCGCCAGCGACGGCAUCGUAACCAUGCUGAAGUUGCUGACGGCGGGCGAGGGUCGUACCCGUACCGGCGUGAUGAUCUCCAUCCCUCAGUAUCCCCUGUAUUCGGCCGCGUUAGCCGAACUGGGCGCCGUGCAGAUUAACUACUACCUGAACGAGGAGAAGUGCUGGAGUCUGGACAUCGCCGAGCUGCAGCGCUCCCUACAGGCCGCUAGGGAGUACUGCAACCCGCGUGUCUUGUGCAUCAUCAACCCAGGCAACCCAACAGGUCAGGUACAGAGCAGGCAGUGCAUCGAGGACGUGAUCCGGUUCGCUGCCAAAGAACAUCUCUUCCUGAUGGCUGACGAGGUGUAUCAGGAUAACGUGUACGCCGAGGGUUGCGCCUUCCACUCGUUUAAGAAGGUGUUAUUCGAGAUGGGCCCCGAAUUCUCCAACACAGUCGAGCUGGCCUCGUUCCAUUCCACCUCCAAGUGUUACAUGGGAGAGUGUGGUCUACGAGGUGGCUAUAUGGAGGUAAUCAACGUGGACCAGGAGGUGAAGGCUCAGCUCACUAAGCUGGUAUCUGUCCGUCUGUGUCCCCCUGUGCCAGGGCAAGUGCUCAUGGCCCUGGUGACCAACCCUCCUCAGCCUGGAGAGCCAUCACACGCUCAGUUCUUGAAGGAGCGCACGGCCACACUGAAUGACCUGGCACAGAAGGCCAAGCUGACCGAGGACAUUCUGAACACGGUGCCCGGGAUCAGGUGUAACCCUGUGCAGGGGGCCAUGUACUCCUUCCCUCGCAUCACACUACCUGAUCGAGCUGUAAAGGAAGCAAAGGCGAAAGGCCAGGAACCUGAUAUGUUCUACUGUAUGACGCUCCUGGAUGAGACCGGGAUCUGUUUGGUGCCUGGCAGCGGGUUUGGGCAAAAAGAUGGAACCUAUCAUUUCAGGAUGACGAUCCUACCCCCUGCUGAUAAACUCACCAUUUUGCUCAACAAAGUGAAAGAGUUUCAUCGGCGAUUCACCGAGCAGUACUCCUAACACCUUCGCUCAACUUCCUCAACCGGUUAACCACCCAAGUGCCUGAACCUCCAGAGACACCCUGGUGGACAUGAGCCUUUAAUAUUUGCCUUUUCCACAGACUGGUUUUAGCAUACUGGUGUGUUAACCAUAAGAGUUAGAUUAGUAGCACUACGCAGGGAAAGAAAGUUUGCUUUCUAAUAGACUAUUAUAUGAAACAGAUGAAAUGCGGCAAAUGGUGUGCAUGCGUGCGUGCAUGUGUGUAUGUUUUAAGGAUGUAUAUGUUGGUUAAGGGACUUUUAGCCAAGUAAUUGCCACUGGACAAAGCUUAGUCUUGCACUGGUAAUUAAAGUAGAAUGUGAUAUUAAUUGUUUAUAUAAGCCUUUUAAUUAUUUUAAUGUAAUAAAUCAGAUAAUUUUACAGUAAAA